AUGUCCUCGUUCUUCAGCCGACCCUCUACACCACAGAAAGGUCUUCUUUCCAGACAUUUGAGCUUCUCUCAUUCUUCUUCUCCCGUCAUGUCUCAAAAUAAUAAUCAUUCAAACCAUCAUCUCUCUUCGAGUAGCAGUAGUAGCAGCACAAACAACAACACUCCACACACCAAUAACCUUUCCAACACCUCGACGACGACGAGUAAUAAUAGUAACAACAACACACGACUUGUAUCUCGAAGUGGUACUCUUCUCUCUCUCAUUCCACCACAAACCACCACAUCCAUCAUCACUUCCGUACAACAAAUUAUGGAUCCAUCACUACGGUUACUACUUGCAACCAAUAAUAAUAAUACUAGCGCUCAGAGUUCUAUCAAAGAAAUUAAUAUUGUUGUGAAGGAAGAUGAAGAUUUUAAUUUGACAACUUUUCAAAAAAUUCAAUGUGAAUUUCCGUCUCUAGAAUCUUUAUAUUUGCAAGGGCAUUCUAAAUUUUACUUUUUUGUCAAUUUGAGUGAAAAACAAUUUGGCAAAUGGAAUCAUCAUUCCAAACUCAAUUCUUAUUUGAAACAUUUGGCAUUAGUGAAUUGUAACAUUUCAAAAAAACAUGUGAAAUUAGUGUGUGAAGAUGAUACAUUUCGAAAACAUUUACAUUCUCUCAACUUGUCACACAAUGCACUUGAGGAAUUACCAGAAAAGUUUUACAAACUUAAAAAUUUAAAAGAAUUGAAUUUAUCAUCCAAUAAUUUCACACAAUUCAGUGAUCCAUUGAGAAAGAUGAAACAAUUAACACAUUUGGAUUUAUCGUUUAACAAAAUUGAGAGUAUGAAUAAUGUCAAAUUUAGAAAAGGUGCAAAGAAAAAGUCAACUUUUCAUCAAGAUCAUUCAAAUCAUUCAUCAUCCAUCAUUAUUAAUAAUACAAAUAAUAAUAGCAACAAUAGCAACAGUAAUAGCAACACAGAUCAUCGCUCGAGUUUAUUGACUUCCACAACUUCUCAAAACUCCAAAGCUCAUAAACCUCUUGCCAACUCUCUUCGAUAUCUCAAUUUGAGUUACAACAAAUUAUAUGGAGGUUAUCCAACAUGUUUAGAUGAUUUACGUGUUUUGGAAAUUUUAGACUUGUCUGGAAAUUAUAAUUUAUUUAUGAAUGAACAAGUUUCAUCACUUUUAUGGAAUACGACACUCUUUCCACACCAACAACCACCACCACAUGGUUCACCCUCCAUAUUACCACCUUCUUCACCGAGACUCGUCCCUUCCACUCUGAGUAGUAGUGGUGCUAUUACUGGUAGUAGUGUGAAUAGUAGUAGUGCAACUUCACCCAACAUGUUACCUACUACUACUAUUACUGGUAGUUCAAGUAUUGGUGGUACUACUUCUACUGUGAAUGGUGUGAAUAGCAUUGCAACUGGUGCUUCUAAUUCGACUAUAACUAGUUCACUUUUAACCUUGAAUAAUAAUCGUUCCACACUCAAUUUAUCUCAACUCUUUCAAUGGAAUAAUACUCUUUCAAGAGAUGAAAGUGGUCAAAUGGAUGAAUUGUGUUGUACCAUUCCAGGAACAUUGGAUGAAUGCUCUUCCAAUUCUCCGAAUACUACUACAACUUCUACUACUAUCAAUAAUAAUAAUAACACUAAUACUACUACUACAAAGAAAUCUCCUCGCUUCUCUCGAGUCAUGACUCGACGAAACACUGAAGAUCUUCAAGAACAACUUCUCAACCACUCGGACAAUAUGGACAUUUUAUUGAAGAGAUAUCAAGCGAGUGCAUGUCAAUUUCACACCGAUCAUUUUCAUCACAGUAUUACUGAAUUAGAUAUUAGUCAUUGUGGAAUUCUUCAUUUUCCAUUGGAAUGGUUGAGACGUUUUCCAAAAUUGAAAUAUCUCAGAAUGAGUAAUAAUGGACCUUUUAAUUUAUCUCGAAUGGUAGAACAACAACAACAACAGCAACAAUCAAUACAGCCAACACAACCACAACCACAACAACAUGAUUCCAAAGAUGAGAAGGAUGACGAUGAUUUGCCAUCCACCAUACGAGGAUUAUCCUUUUUAAGAGCAUUGGACAUUAGAAAUUGCUUUAUUAAGGGAUCUAUUCAUUCUCUCAUGAGUUUAUCGAGUAUUGAAUAUUUAGACAUUUCAUGUAAUCAGGUGAAAUUCAUUCCAUUAACAUCUAGCAAUGAAUAUUGUACACCAGUGAUUGAAAAUUUAAAUCUAAGUCACAAUUCAAUUUCACACAUUCCAAGAGGAACUCUUUUAGAGAAAAUUUAUUCCACUUUAACCAAUCUUGAUUUAUCUCACAAUUAUUUAGAGAGUAUUGAAAGUGAUGCAUUGAGUGGAAUGACUCAAUUGAAAAGUUUAGAUUUGAGUUUUAAUGCCUUACGAAAAUUACCAUCUAAACUUUUCAUUGGAAUGAAAUAUUUGAAAAGUCUUUCAUUGGCUCAUAAUGAUUUGACGUUUGAAUCCAACUUUUUAGAUGCAACAUCCAUUCAAGAAUUAACAUCUUUAAAGAGAAUUGAAUCGAUUAAUUUAUCAUUCAAUCGAGUGAAAUCAUUAAGAGGAUUGGAAUUACUCUCAGAAACUCUCUAUUACUUGAAUUUGAGUUAUAAUCCUACCAUUGAAUGGUCCAUCGAUUGUAUCACACGUUCAGAAACUGAUUGUAUCACACGUUCAGAAACUGAUUGUAUCACACGUUCAGAAACUGAUGGUAUCACACGUUCAGAAAAAUCAAAUCUAGAUUGUAUAUUACAAUGUGAAAAUUUAGAAACUCUUGAUCUCUCUGGAUGUGGUCUCACUUCACACGACUUGGAAAGCGAACAAUGGUUCUCUCUCAAAUAUUUACAUCAUUUGAGUGUGAAUCGAAAUUAUUUGACGAGUUUUGUUGUUGCACGACCACUUUUGGAAUUACAAGAGAAUAAUCAUAAUCAACAACAACAACAACAACGUGAUCAACAACAACAAUCCAUUCAGACAAUUCAGACAACACCAACACCAACACAACAACAACGUGAUCAACAACAGACAAUACAGCCAACACAAUCCAUUCAGACAAUACAGACAAUACAACAACAACAACAACAACCAACCAAUAUCAAAUCCAAUCCAUUUAAACUCAAUGAAUUAAGAAUUUUAGAUUGUGCCUAUAAUUUCUUCACGACCAAAGAACAACAACGCAUUCAGCAAUCAUGGAAACAAUUUUCAAGCAAAUUGAAACAUGUGAAUUGUUAUUCUCUAUUCAAUCACAUCUAUACGAUGAAUGAUAAGAUUGAUUGGGACCAUACUCACUUUACUACGAAUAUUUAUGGAUCUAUUCUAUUUUGUGAUUCCAAUGUGUUACAUUUACACAAAUGUAUUUCCAAAGACAUGAAACAACAUCAAGUCACACACAUUCUUCAAGUCAUUAGUGAAUCGAAUGAACGUUGUAAAUUAUUGGAUGGUUUAGAUCCAAGUCGAUUCUCUGAAUAUCUUUACAAGACUUACAAAUUGCACGAUCCCAACAUUGAAUACUUGUUGGUCUUUUUACCUGCCAAUCACCGAUUGAAUUUUGAGAAAUUGGAUGAAUGUACGAAAUGGCUUGAAAAAUCCAAUGAUCGUUGUUUAUUAACAGAAUAUAAUCCAUCUCAUGUGAUGAAUUCACAAGUUUAUGAGAGAGAUUUAUCACUACUUGCCACAAGUGUUGUCAAAUCUAAUAAUAGUAAUCAUAGUACUACUACUAGUUAUAACAAUAGUUCUAGUACUAAUAGUACUACUAAUAAUAAUAGUAAUACUAAUAAUAAUAAUAGUACUAGUAAUACUAAUAACAAUCCUACUCAGUCAUCAUCAUCACUACCCACCCUGGGAGGUAAUAUCGGAAUGUUACAAGAGGACAUGAAAACACUUGUUGGUUCAACAAGCAAUAACAAUAAUAAUAAUAAUAAUAAUAACAACAAUAGCAAUAAUAAUAACAACACUAACAACAACAACACGGUAACCACUCAUUCAAGCUCUACAAGUGGUUCAAGUAUUGAUUUUGAAGACAUCAAAAUAUUUGAAGCAUGUUAUACCAUUCUCAUUGCUUAUAUUUUGAAAACGAGACAAUUACGAUUGGAUUGUGCCAUUGCCUAUCUCAAAGAUUUAAUGAUUCAAAGUGGUAACUUUACAUCACAAGAUGUUCUUUCCAUUUCUUAUCAACAACAUUUAUUAUUGCAAUAUGAUAUGAAAUUGAGAGAGAAUCGAAAUGCAAAUGUAUCAUCACUCAAAAAGACUCUGGAACGAGAUGAUCUUCGAACUCAAUUCAAACAUUAUUGUGCAACUGAACAAUCUUCACAGAAUAUUCUAUUUUGGGAAAUGGUAGAAUUCACUUACAAGACUGAAUAUCGAGUAUCAGAGAGAAUCAAAUUGGCCAUUGAAAUAUUCAACACGUUCAUUUCAGAGAAUGGAACAUCACCACUCAACAUUACACAAUCUCAAAUUCAUGCUCUCGGAAAGAUGAUCUUUGUCGAUGAAGCUAAACAAAUUCCACACAAUUAUUUACCUCUCACUUUGUUUGAUAACAUGAUGACCAUUAUUGAAAAUGUCAUGUUGGAUACUGAGAGAAGAUUCCAACGAUUGCAAUUGUAA